GGUCACAGGUGACAGGACUACCUAUCUUCUGCCCUCCAAGAACGAUAUGCCCUUUUGCUGGAUAUAAUUGGGACAGUGGACUUCUAUGGCGGAAGUCAAUAGAUGAUAUUUCAGCAGCGCAGCAAAUAUGAGUGGUGCCGAUCAUAAUAGUCCCGAUGCCGAUAUCUGGUCCUUUAUGUUUCAAACUAACGAAGAAUUAGAUGAACAGAAUCUUGAGGAGUUGGGUUUCAGCCAGUUGCAAAAUGAUGGGAAGUCAGAUAAACAGAAUGUUACUGGAACAUCCAUGUCGGAAAGUGGUUUCGAAUGGGACUCGGUUCAUAGCUUUGUCAUGGCUGAUUCAAAUGAGGGGUUGUCAGUGGGUUCAGAAGCUCAUAGUCGAAUUUCAACUCAAGGUCCUGACGUGGGAAUUAUUCCAGGAAAAAUCAGGGAUCAAUCUGUUCGGAAUUCCUUACUGGAGCCUCACAACGAGAGUGUGGAAGAUUCAAUGAAACACCUUUGCAUUUCUGGCUUUGUUUCACUGCCAUCAGAGAGUGAUGAGGCUGAUUUGCCAUCACAGUCACAGAUUGACAGGGAUGACAUGCAAUCUGAGUCAACUAUCAAUUUAAUAGCCGGACCUCAGGAACUCAAUUUUCAGGUACCAGAACUUGGGAUGCCGUUUUCAUCUGAGGAUGAAGCAUACAAUUUUUACAAAAAUUAUGCUGAACAGAUUGGUUUCAAUGUAAGAAAAGGAAGGAUACGACGGUUAGCAAAUGGAACCAUUAGAAAACGAGAGCUUUACUGUUCAAAUGAAGGGUUUCGAUCCAGGAAGCAGUCUGACAAGACAAAAAAGUUUGAGAAGGAAGAAAAAAGAACAGGCUGUAAAGCAAUGGUCCAAUUUACAAAUGACAAUGGCAUAUGGAAGAUAACCCGUGUUUUUCUUGAUCAUAAUCAUGCCAAAUGUUCUAAUCAAGGACAUAUAAUGUUUCCAUCUUCUAAUAUCUCCUUAGAAGAUGCAAGCAUUCACACUGUAGAUGAAGCUGCGAUGGUGAAUGAGGAAGGUGUUGCAAAUUCUGCAGAAUCCUAUUUGGUGGAUAGAAGUAACUACUUGCGCAUUGAGAAAAUAAAUGUUCUUCCACCUGAAGAUGGCCAGAGCUUAAUUGAUUUUCUCAAACAUUUGCAGUUGGAGGAUCCUUCUUUCUUUUACACAGUGCAGGUUGAUGGCCGAAGUCACCUAACUAAUUUCUUUUGGAGGGAUGGCCGGUCUAAGAUAGACUAUGAAUACUUUGGAGAUGUUUUGAUUUUAGACAGAACUUUUCGAAUCGAAAGAUUUGAUAUAAUUUGUGCACCUUUCUUGGGAGUUAAUCAUCAUAGGCAAUAUGUCUUAUUUGGCUGUGCUUUUCUGCUUGAUGAUAGCAUGGACUCAUUUGUUUGGUUGUUUAGGUCGUUUGUGGAAGCAAUGGGCAUGCGUCGACCAAAAACAAUUUUCACUGAUGAGUGUGAAGGAAUUUCUGAUGCAUUAAAGGUGGUGCUUUCUGGGACGCAACAUCGUCUUGGUAUGUGGUAUAUCACCCAAAAUGCCAGAAAAAACCUUUAUGAAUCUUUUAAGCAACCUGGUUUUGAGGAACUUUUCAACAAAUACUUAUUCUGCUCUAGUUCAGAGGAAGAAUUUUGUUCAUUGUGGGAUGAUUUGUUGGUGACAUACAAUCUUCAGGAUAACUCAUGGCUCAAGACUCUACAUAUGAUGCGGGGAAAUUGGUCUCAUGUUUUCAGUAAGAUUGCUUUUUCUGCUGGAAUAGAAUCACUCCAAGGACGUGAGAACAUUAUUAAUGUUUUCCACAACUUGAUGACUGAAACAAUUACUCUACCAAAGUUUGUUCAGCAGUAUUUGAGAUCAGCAGAGCAAUGGCGUAGAGAAGAACUAAAAGAAGAUUUUCAUAGCAGAGAAACUGAACCGACAUUGAUUUUAAGAGGCAAUGACUUGGAAAAACAAGCAGCAGAAGUAUAUACUUUAACAAUUUACAAAUUGUUCCAAGAAGAGUUACUUGGAUGCCUGUCAUUGGCUGUAGAACAAAUUGCAGAUGAUGGGAAGAUUUUAUUUAAGUUAACAGAGGGAGCCCAUAAGGAGAGCAUCGUGGAAUUUAACUAUUUGGAAUCCAAAGUCACAUGCAGCUGUAAAAAAUAUGAAUCAAUUGGCAUCUUGUGUGUUCAUUCUCUAAGGGUACUCAUCUCAAAGAAUAUCUUCCAUAUACCUUCUGAGUAUAUAUUAAAGAGGUGGACAAAAUCUGCAAAAGAUGGGAUGGUGUCGGUUGAUCAUAAACAAGAAACUACUACUCAUGGGAGCCCAAGGUCACUGAAUUUGAUUAUGAGUAGACUUAUGCACAAAGCCUUACGUGUUGUUGAUAAAAGUGUUGAAGUUGAGGGUAGUUGGAAGAUGGUUGAGGACCAUUUGGACUUGGCUCUAAGAGAGAUUGAAUAUGUUAAAACAAAAAAGACUGGAUAUCUUAAAGGAAAAGAUGCUGAACUUCAUGAUGGUGAUAUAAAUGACACUGACUAUAUGGAAAUACAAACGAAUGUGUUAAACCCUCCAUCUUUCAGUGAACAAGAAUUGUCAAAGCACAGUAUGACAGCUAGAUUAAAGCGGAAACAAGAAAAUGAAGUCAGACAGACAGAAAGAAAAUCAAGUGAUGAUGCCAUAGGAGCAACACAAGUUGGAGAUGAUUUAGAACCAAGGGCUAGAUUUGGCAUUCCACAUUGUGUUGGAGAAUCUUGGCAACAGGCUACACAAUUGUCAUUCAGCGUUACAGGGAAUAUGCAGGAACGUAUGCCAAGGCAGAAGAAGAUAUCAAAGCUUACUGAAGAGAUUAGACAAUCGUCUAGUUAAUAAAUGUAGUCUUCGUGUACAUAUCUUUACUUGAAGAUAAAAAAUUUAUACCUUACAAAAUUGGCAGUCAAACAUUUUACAUUGGCAGUUGAUCAAGGUACAACUGAAUCUAGCUGGCUUGUAGAAAUAUAAAGUCUCAUAAACAGCUACCUAUAAGGAUUCUAAGAUUUAGUUAUUCAUAUUCUUGAUUGAUGCUCUGUUAGUUAUUUUAA